AUGCAUCUCGCCGGACCAUCGCUCCUCGCCGUCGCCACCGGCAUUGUAGGCUCUGCCUGGGCCUCUGGCGCCAUUGCCUCGGCUACCCUCAUGGGCGUCUCCGCCGCGCUCGACGUGCCCGAGACGACGGCCCGUUCGUGGCGGGAGCUCUACCGCCGCGGCGCGCACCUGAUGCCGCGCGUUGCCGGCGGCGUAGUCCUGGCCUACGGCUACGCCGCCUUCGACGCGCGCCGCGCCGGCGGCGUCUGGGGCGGGUACGUGGCGGCGGCCGGCUUCGCCGCGGCCAUCGUGCCCUUUACGCUCGUCGUCAUGCGAUACACCAACGCCUGCCUGCACAAGAUUGCUGAGGGCCGCGACGAGGCUGCCUCGUGGAACCUGCGCGAGCUCCUGCGGCGCUGGAACUUGCUCAACCUCACCCGCAGCUGCCUCUGCCUGAUCUCCAGCGUGCUCGGCAUGGUCACAAUGGUGCAGAACAUUGGCUGA